AUGACAAACCCGCCUCCUCUCGCAGAGACGAUCCUGCAAUGCAGCAACCCGGAGCAGGAGAUGUUCCGCUCUCUCAAUGUGGACAUGAGCGACCGCAAUGACGAGAUCACCAACAAGCUUGUCCUCAGGGAGUACAUAAAUAUGAAGCUCCAGACCCUUGGAUACGAGCCAAUUCCGUCGUUAGAGUCGCUUGUACUAACAACACCUGGUUCCACAAACUCACAGAGUGCUUCACAGGCAAAUACGCCUGGCCCUGCCCACUGCAUCCAACCCUACAGCAAGCCUUGCGCAGAGUCAGGUGUGACGUCCGCUCAACAUGAAGUUGUGACGGUGUCGUCUAUUGCGCGAGAUCUGCUGAGGUCUCUCCGUAUUGCAGACAUUGCACUAGCGGAUCACCCAUCUCCUGUUGACAUGCGUAUCCAGGACUUCAUUAACCAGGACCUGAAACCCUUCCCAGGCCUCUCUGCGGACGAGGUAGCUGCACUGAAUCUUCCUCCGAAGGCGAACUGCUUCUCUAUGGAUCGCUGUGGAAUCUCAUUCGAGCUAUCUACGCCUUUUGACUCGAACUACUACAAGGCAAGUGGCACAGAAGCAGUUCACCUCCCGCAGGGUCUCCUUGCCAACCCAGAGUCUGACAAACGCACCACAGUGGGAACAUUUCAUGUUGCAGAAGGUCAUCUGCCGAUUCCACAAGAUAAACUGGCGGUCCCCACGCGAACCUUCAUCCACUUGCUUUCACACGCCCUACAUCCACCGAAGGAAACGAUGGAGCUUCCAUUCACGGGUACCCUCCCUGCUGAGAAACGCUGCCGCUGCUGGUGCUCUGCCUACCUGACCCCUGUGGUGCAGCCAGGCGUCAGUGCAAACUUUCCUCAGAAGCACAUGGAAGUGCGCUUCUUUGUUCCAGGAGCCUACGUCAGCAAUUUAGCAUUCGUUGAGUAUAUUUUUGGGAACGCUGGGGAUCCCAGCCUUCCCGAAAACGAUCUCUGGCUCAAGCCUGACCGGAACAUUGGGGUCACCAGCUGCAUCAUCAUAGCGCCUCACCUGCGCAAGCUCCGAAAGAAGGACCUUGGCCUGCCUAACGUUGCGGAUGCAACAGAUCGCCAGAAGAGGGAUGGAAUGUGCUGGGCAUCUGAGGAUGAACUGUACAAUGGUGGAAAGGCGUUUAAGAUCUGUUACCGCUCCAAGGAGGGUGUGUCGAUCACGCUUGUUGCAGACACCUACUACGGCUACUCUAAGAAAGAGAUAAAGACGCAGAUUUCAUAUGCUGCCAAUGUCCGUGGAAAUGCAGAGGAGGAACACAGCGGGGGCUGUCUCGCUUUCCCUGUUAUGUCGUGGGGUCGCAACUUCCGUGCGGAUGAUAAGCGCAUCGGGCUUGUUUCUACCGUGGACGAGCAUUCGAAUCCACGCAGACUUGUUCGUGAAAACUCGUGUCUUUCAACUGGCCUCCCGACAACCUGUCAUACGUUCAACGAAAUGAGGAAGCUUUUGGCUCCAUCUCCAGCGUCCCUAUUCCUGACACUUACCUCUCAAAAUUCAUCGGGACACGAUGGUUCUUCCAAGAAGAGUAUUUCUGCGCACGUGAAGCCUGUUGCCACUUAUAACAAGGCAAGGGGUGUUCUGAUUGACACUCGCUACCCAGAUGACAUCGUUUAUGUGCCUGAGACUAUGUCUAUCGAUUUGGCCACACGGCACAUCAGCUGGACUCACCCUGAGUCGGGGGAGCAGAUCACAGAAACCAUCCUGGCCAAUGUCGACUACAUCCUCCCUAAUGGAUACCGUGUUCGCUUAAUUCGUCACCCUAUUUCCCAUACCUGGAUGAUUAAGGGAACAAGCGCCGAAGCGAUUUGCAAUUUCCAUAAGCCAUUCACUGUCUCCGGGGGUGGAAAGUCAGAGAUCAGCAAAUCGGUCCUGGACGCAAUAACUUCGGGGACCUUCUAUGUAAAAAACUUCGACGAUCUAAAGACACAGGUUGAUACCGUGUUCAACUACGACUUUCCUAAGAGGUUCCGCGACGGAAAUAUCAAGGCAACAUCACGCCACAUCCUGUCCGAAGAUCGUACGCUGGGGUCUGUGAUCAAACUUCUAACGGUUGACUAUGAUAUCUACACCGAUGAGUAUAACGAAUGGCUCGAAAAGCUUCAUAAGGAGAUGCCGGAUGUCAUUGGCUUUAUCUUUAUUCUAAAGGCUCUCUAUCGCCCGUCCUGGGGUGACUACGACAGCUGGAAAACCAGAUUCAGGGUUGAUAAGAUGAACGGGUCAACAAGUCACACUAUCAUUUACCAGGAUGCACCCCUGGCCGUUAACUAUUUGAGAGUGGGGUCUGAGAGGGACGAGAAGGGAAUGUGGAGGUGGCGAAAUUAUCGCCUACGCGCAGAUUACUACCCCAGCCAGAAGAUUCAAACAGAGGAUGACAUUACGGCGUCCACAGUUGUGCGCAGCAAGGACCUUUACGACAUGGAGAUGGACGCAAGCUCAGCGUUGAUGGGGUCGCACUGUGGAUUGCCUACGCCCAAUACAGAGGGCGAUGCCUCCGAAAAGUCCUACAAAUUCGUCAGCAAUUGUGAGUACCGCUUUUUCCAGCGCCCGGAUGACUGCGUACACCCAGGAGCAGAUAAGCAGUGCGAGAUGGACCUCUCUCGUUGCAAGGGGAGGACCUUCAUCACAAACUUCCAAAAGAUCACUAGAAGCGAGUGCAAGGCAAUGGCAGCCGAUGUAAUGAGCCUCGAAAAGUACACACAGCCUGUUCAGCAGCUGAUCCGCGACUUCGCAGCAGGCGCUUAUCCACAUGAGGAGUACUGUGUCGUCUCGUCUCUUCCACGCAUUACAGGGACAAAACCGGACGGCACUCCCAUUCGCAGUGCUAAUGUCCGCUACCUCCAAGACAGGCCUGAGUGGUACGAGCCGUGCAAGCGCGAAAAGUACUCUAGCGAGAUUUCCCUGCGACUGGCGCGAGGGAUAAGUCUAGAGAAGCCUGUGCUCCUGCCUGUUUCGCUGGUCGUUCCGGGGCGUAGACUGAAUCCUAAGGACGGAGAUAUCAGGCCUCUCGCGGUCUUCAAUCCGAUGCACUAUCAAGAGCUCCCAGAGCUUUUCAUGGAUCUGAUCCCGUGUAUCACCGGGAAGUCUCCAUCCACGACUGGAGCUGGCGUUGAGGGGGCGCUCACAAAGGGCCCGUUCAACAGUAUUCUUCCGAUAGUGGACCUCAACAACUGCUUCCUUUCUCUUGUACUCACUGGAACGCCAUGCUUUUCAACAGCUGCAGGCUACAUCGGCCACAAGUUUAAGGUAGAUCACGACAUUUCUCUCAUCAUCCCAGAGGUCCUGAGCAGGAUGAGCGUUGAAGAGAGGACCCCGAAGUAUCUCAUCUCUCACAAGUUUAUGGAGAAGAUUGAGGAUUUCGAACACAAUGGAAAGCAUAUCCCUGCAUCAAUCCUCGGUUACCGUAUCACUUGGAGUUUUGUCAAGACGUUCUUUGCGAGAGUCUUUGAUUCCGUUCAUUCCCUCUUCACAGAGGAGCAUCUCAAGCCUGAACUCCAGGACAUGGAUGCGUUUGCAGAUGGUGUCCUGAACAUCCACGAAUCGCAGCUGCGAAUAAUCGACAACUAUUUUGCAGACGGCUCAGUUAACGAGGCAAUCCCACCUCUUAAGUACCUCCUUCACAUCUGCAAAUACGGCGAGUAUAAGGGCCUGAAGCUCCACUCCCCCGAGUUCAGAAAGAUGUUUACUCGCGACUACGUGUUAGAUAGCGACUGGUAUCAGCGACGCCUUGUGGUUAAACAGAGCUUAGACCUGAAGCUUUUAGAGAAGAAUAUCAAAUACGUCUUUAACUUCUCCAAGAACGAAGCCAUUGCAGAGGAAGCAAACCGUCGCGGCCUGUGUGUGGAUAGGGUUCUUGCAGAAUCCCUUGCACUGAAGAGCUAUAUUGGCAGCAACAAGUAUCUCAACGAUCUGGUCGGCACAAUUGGUGUGCAAGUGUGGGGUGACGAAGAUUGA